UCAGUUCAGUUUUUGAAUCGAACGCGUAAGGCAGCUUCUCGAAAUGUGGCGCCAUUGCAUCCUGCAGCAGACAGCCCGCCGGGGGCUCAGCCAACAAGCCAGCAAAGGAGCAGGAGGCGGAAGAACUAGGCAGGAGCCGAGUGGAGCCCUGCCAGCAUCGGCAGAUGUGGUAGUUAUUGGUGGGGGCUCAGCUGGAUGCCAUACCCUGUAUCACCUGGCGCGACGAGGGGUCAAAGCCGUGCUCCUGGAACGUGCUCAACUGACUGCCGGGACCACCUGGCACACCGCCGGCUUGUUGUGGCGCCUACGACCCAAUGACGUUGAUAUCCAGCUGCUGGCAAACUCCCGGCGCAUACUCCAACAAUUGGAGGAGGAAACUGGUCUGGAUCCGGGUUGGAUUCAAAACGGCGGCAUCUUUAUAGCCCACAAUGAAACGCGUUUGGAUGAGUACCGCCGGCUGGCCACAGUGGGCUCUGCUCUGGGGAUAGAAAACCAAGUAUUGAGUCCUGAGGAGACACAAAAGCUAUUCCCUCUCUUGGAUCCUUCGGCUUUUGUGGGAGCACUCUACUCCCCAGGUGAUGGUGUCAUGGAUCCAGCUAUGCUAUGUUCUGCCCUCAAGAAGGCUGCCACCAAUUUGGGCGCCCAGGUGAUCGAAAACUGUGGAGUGGAGGAUCUGAUAGUGGAGCAGACUGCCAGAGGUAAGAAAGUAACUGGAGUAGCCACAUCCUUUGGUGAUAUCAAAACGGAGAAGGUGGUCAAUGCCACUGGAGUAUGGGGUCGCGAUCUGGUGGCCAAGCACGGCACUCAUCUUCCCCUGGUGCCAAUGAAACACGCAUACAUCGUUUCCGAAUCGAUUCCUGGAGUUAGGGGCUUACCAAACAUCCGAGAUCACGAUUACUCCACGUACUUCCGCAUCCAGGGCGAUGCUAUCUGCAUGGGUGGCUACGAACCGAAUCCUAUUUUACUGGAACCGGUUCCCAAGGACUUCCAUUUCGGUCUUUACGAGCUGGAUUGGUCUGUAUUCGAAACGCAUGUCGAAGGUGCCCAGAAACUGUGUCCCAGCUAUGCCAAAUACGGAGUUAAAAGCACUGUCUGUGGCCCGGAAUCUUUCACUCCGGAUCACAAGCCUCUGAUGGGUCCCGAUCCCAUCCUGGACGGACUCUACCACAACUGCGGUUUCAAUUCGGCUGGCAUGAUGUUUGGCGGAGGAUGUGGCGAGCAGACUGCUCUCUGGGUCAUCCAAGGGCAGCCAGAUCUACCCAUGUUCGGCUUUGACCUGCGAAGAUUUACUCCGGAACAAGGCAAGGCCACCCAGUGGAUCAGGGAGAAGUCACACGAGAGCUACGUGAAGAACUACAGCAUGGUUUUCAAAUACGAUCAGCCUUUAGCUGGACGAGACUUCCAAAAGGAUCCGCUGCACGACGAAAUGAUCAAGGCAGGAGCUAUGAUGGAGGAGAAACAGGGCUGGGAACGUCCCGGCUUCUUCCUGCCCUCCGGUGCCGCAAAAGCAGUGGUGCAACCCUACGACUGGUAUGGCAGCUAUGGGCACCAGAGGAACGCGGAUAGCGAGUAUGAGAAAGUUUUGGAAGGAGAUCUUCACUACAGCCGCUUUUCGGAGCAUCACGAUCUGAUUGGAUCGGAGGCUCAGGCCUGCCGCAAUAAUGCUGUUGUCUUCAACAUGAGCUAUUUCGCAAAGAUUCUACUGGAUGGUCCUCAAGCUCAGGAGGCUGCAGAUUGGCUCUUCUCCGCUAACACUAAUCGUGAUCCCAGCAAAACUGUUUACACUUGCGCUCUCAACGAUGCUGGAGGUGUGGAGGCGGAUGUGACCAUUUCCCGUCUGUUGCCUGGUUCCGGCAAAGUUCACGAUCCCAAGAUCAGGGAUCAGGGCUUCUACAUUGUGGCAGGAGGAGCUUCAGCCUUCUAUUCUUACAGUGUCCUGCAAGCUGAGAUCCGUAGAAAGGGUUUCGAUGCCAAACUGAAGGAUCUGACAGCCGAAUUAGGAGUCAUUUCCAUCCAGGGGCCCAACAGCCGUAAGAUCCUGGAGCCCCUGUUAGACUGCAGUCUAGCCGAUGAUACCCUACCUCCAAACAGCACCUGCCUGGCCAAAUUUGGCGGCGUGGACCUGCGCCUCCUGCGGGUGAGCUUUGUGGGGGAACUGGGCUACGAACUCCACGUGCCCAAAAAGGAUUGUGCGGCUGUCUAUCAAAACUUGAUGAAGGCAGGAGCUAGCCAGGAUUUGCGCAAUGCCGGCUAUCGAUCGCUUUACUCUCUGAGCAGCGAGAAAGGCUAUCAUCUAUGGAGCUUCGAUCUUCGCCCGGAUGACACUCCACUCGAGGCGGGAUUGGGAUUCACAUGCCGCAAAAACGGCGACUAUCGCGGAAAGGCUGCCAUCGACCGGCAAAGAGCUGAGGGAGUUAAGAAGCGCCUGGUCUACUUAACGCUUCAGGAUCAAGUGCCUAUUUGGGGUCUAGAGGGCGUCUAUCGGAAUGGCCAGCCAGUAGGCAUCUUGCGCCGGGCUGAGUAUGCCUACACUUUGGGAAAAUCCCUGGGACAGGCCUACAUUGCCCGGCCAGAUGGCCAGAUCAUCGAUACCGAUUAUAUCAAGAGCGGGGAAUACGAGGUGGACAUAUUGGGUCGGAGAUACCGUGCCGACUGCCACUUGCGCAGCCCAUUCGAUCCGACGGGCCAACGGGUUCUCGGUAACUACGCUUCGGAGUCUAAACCUAAAAAAUAAAGACAUGAUCCUUUCGCUUCCAA